AUGUCUUCCAAGUCUCGGGAGGACAAGUCCUCCAGCGGCUUUCACCAGGAUUAUAUUGCGUCCCUCCGCUAUCGCAAUGAUCUUCCACCUCCGCACAUGCCCCCGAAGCUUCUGGACAUUCCCCAUGAAGGUCUCAAUCGCUUCAUUACUCCGGAAUUUGCCUCGAAUCUUGCGCGACGAGAGGAGCCCAACAUCGAUGUCGACGCUGAGGGUGGCAUGCCGAUUGAUUUGGUUGGUCUGCCAGGUCUGCAUUUGGGAGAUGAGAAGGCUAUCAUGGCUCCUGAGCAUCCCCAACCAAUGGAUCCGGCCGACCUCCCGCUUUUGAUGACGCUGGACCAACUUCGCAACCCAGCGCCCAGGAACACGAACGUCAGCUUCCUGCGCCGUACACAGCACAUUUCCGUUGAUCGUACCGCCGGAGCGAGUAGUGCGCCUGCGAAGGGACUCAACCGACCCGUCAAGAAGGGCAAGGUCUCUGUGGAAGACCCCAGACAUAUCAAGAAGUUCAUCAUGAAAGGGUUUGAUCUUGCCUAUCCUCAUACCAAGCACACUGGUGAAGACUCAGAAAGUCAGGUCAGGGGUCUCCCAGCAACAAAGGCGGAAGCGGAGGCUUGGGCGCGUCCAGUUCAUCCGGACAACCCGAAACUGAAACCAGUCGGUUUCUUUCCGCUCAUGCCCGACCUGUCUGGAUUUCCUGAUCCAGGUGGUUUUGUUCAAUUCAAGUUCGACAAAGCCCCUGUGUCAGCAGUGGGAGGCAAGCGUGACAAGCGCAUGGACGUGGCAUUGCUUCACCCAUCCGCGCCAGAGGAACGCAUUUGCCAGGAGCAUGCGUCAAAGCAAGCUCUUCAUAAGGCGAAUCCCGAGAUUUACCCUGACCCGGGUCCAGUUCCCUUUGACUACGACCUGCAUUUGCCCGAAAAGAUGGAAUCUGUCAAGAAGGUCUUUGCGAGCAUGGAUCUGAAUAACCCUGAUAGGGAUAAUGAAGAUCUCUACACCCAUACGAGCGCGGAGGGCACAAAGUAUCACCGUUUCGACCGUGAACGUACUUUCGCCACCAGUGCUCAACUUUUAAAUACCGACCCCAAACUGAGAGAUAUUGCACUCACUCUUCACAAGCCCCGAGAAGGCGACACCAAACAACAGGCCGCAUACUAUUAUCCCAUCAUCAGCAAGGUGCGUCUAAAGCCGGAGCGUGCUCGUACGAUUGCCCAAGCAGGUCUUGCCCCUACCGCAACCCAAAUGCCGGAAGACAAGAUCGAUCAAUUGCAUAUCACCGUUCGUGACCCCGACGAGGCCGAGAUCUACAAGCGGUCCCUGCACCGUGCGAACGUGGACCCCAAGUUCGCGCAAACCAUGCCACCGCCUCCGACUCAGGAAGCUGCUGUGGAUGAUGAGGAUGCUGAAGGUGAUGACACGAGGAUGAGCGACGAGUAA